CCUCUCCAAGCUCGAGUCGACGACUCCCAGUCCCCUAAGAAACUUCGAGGAGAUUACUGAUAAAUGUCUAAACUCUGGAGGUAUAAAAAAGAAAUUGCAUUUCACUAUCUGGAUUAAUUCUUAGUUAAGAAACUUUCAUAUUUCUUGAAUUUUUAGUUUGUGUUUCCACCAAGAUCGCCAUGGCAGCAGAUUUAGCCGGAGGGGCUGCCGUAGGGGCAGUUUUUGGAGAGCUACUCAGUGGCGUUGUGGAGGCGAGUCGGACAGUUGCCAUGUUUCGUGGUACCUUGAAGGAACUGGCAUCCACGCUAUCAUCUAUCGAGCCAGUGAUCAAACAAAUAGAAUCCUUCGACAAAGCGUCUGAUAAAGAGCACGAAACGAAGCAGCUCGUCGAGAUCAUCGAUAAAGGUCAGAAACUCGUUGGCAAGUGCUGCAAAAUCCGCUGGUGGAAUCUCGUCAAGAAGGCUUAUUAUGUGAAAAAGCUAAGUGGAUUGAACAAAUCGAUUGAGAGGUUCUGCAGUAUUGAUAUGCAAACACAUCAAAUGAGGGAGUUGAAAGAGAUGCAAGUUGAAAUUAGAAGAUUGGGUUCUAAUGAAGGGUUUAGCUACGGGAAUGGGAUGUUCAGUAAGGUUGCAGUUGUGGUGGGUUCAUGUAAAGCUCCUGAGCCGCCGGAGAUCGUUGUUGGAUUCGAUGAACCCUUGAACGUGCUAAAGAUGAAGCUUUCUAAAGAUGGGGUUUCAGUCAUUGUUGUAUCUGGUCCUGGUGGAUCCGGGAAGACGACGUUGGUUAAGAAGCUUUGUCAAGAUAAACAUGUCAAAGAAAAGUUUAAUUACAACAUCUUCUAUUUCAAUGUUUCAAAAUCGCCCAAUCUGGAGGUCAUUCUGAAGAGACUACUCCAUGUUAUGGAUCCUAGUGGAGUGCCUGAAUUUCGAAGUGAGGAAGAUGGUCUGAACCAAUUGAAACAUAAAUUAGAGAACCUAGCAAUGAAUUGCAUGUUACUGGUCCUGGAUGAUGUUUGGUCUGGAUGCAUAACCCUUGUUGACAAGCUCAUGUUUAACUUGCCAAAUUACAAGAUCUUGGUAACAUCAAGAUCUGCCUUUCGAAGAUUCGAUACGUAUUAUUUGAAACCACUAGAUGAUGAUUAUGCUAUGACCCUUUUCCAUCGCUCCGCAUUCCUGCAAAACGAUACGCGUUGCAUACCGGGAUAUAUCGUGAAUAAGGUAAUGGGAAGCUGCAAAGGACUUCCAUUGGCGCUUGAAGUGGUCGGUAAGUCUCUUUGCGGGCAGCCUGUCGCAAUGUGGCGAAAACAAGCAAAACAGCUUUGUAAAGGACUAUCCAUCUUGCAUUCUAAUGCUGAUCUACUUGCUUAUCUUGAAAGCAGUUUGGAUACCCUGGAUACUCAGUCAGGAAUAAAGGAUUGUUACCUAGACUUUGGUUCAUUCCCCGAAGAUCACCAGAUUCCUGCUGCUGCACUUAUCGAUAUGUGGGCAGAACUGUAUGAACUUGAUGAAGAUGAUGCCAUUAUCAACCUCAACAAGCUCUCUGAUCGAAAUCUGAUUAAUCUUGUACUCAUUAGGAAGGAUGAUCAAAGUGAAGUCGAUGACUGCUACAACGAUCUUUUCAUCAUGCAGCAUGAUCUUCUGAGAGAGCUCGCUAUCUAUCAGAGUGGGUUGGAUCCUGUAGAAAAACGAGAACGGAUAGUCGUAGAGUUAUCCGGAAACAAUUUUCCGAAUUGGUGGUCAGAAGAAAAGAAGCAACAGCUUAGUGCUCGCCUCUUGUCUAUCUCCACAGAUGCAACAUUCUCAUUCAAUUGGGGCUACAUUCAAGCACCAGAAGUUGAGGUUUUAGUUCUCAAUUUUCGGACAAAGAACUGCAGGUUACCAGUCUUCAUGGAGAAAAUGGAUACAUUGAUGGUUUUGAUUCUCAUGAACGAUGGUAUUUACCCGACAGAAGUAAGUAAUUUUCAGCUUCUGUAUUCUUUAUUCAAUCUAAAGAGAAUUAGAUUAGAGAAGGUUUCGGUUCCAUCUCUCGGUUCGAGCUCUUUCCACCUCAAGAGUUUGCGAAAGAUAUCGUUGGUUAUGUGUAACAUCAGUCAGGCUUUCAAAAAGGGUACAAACAAGAUGUCGGAUAUUUUUCCGAAUCUUUCGGAAAUUGAGAUCGACUAUUGUGAUGAUCUGGUGGAACUCCGCGAAGGAUUGUGUGAUCUUGUUCAACUGACAAAGCUUAGCAUCACCAAUUGCCACAAGCUCCGUGCACUGCCCGAAGGAAUUGGAAAGCUGGUGACCUUGAAUGUGCUAAGACUGACAUCCUGUACUGAACUCAUGACAUUGCCCGAGACCAUCGGGAACUUAUGCCGGCUCACUCUUCUUGACAUUUCCGACUGUCUAAGCAUGACGAACAUGCCAGCUCAGAUAGGUGAACUGCACAAUCUAAAGAAGCUAUAUAUGACAGGGUGCUCGGGUUGUAACCUACCUCCAACGAUCACAAUGCUUCAACAUCUGAAGGAAGUUAUAUGUGAUGAGGAGACAGCCUAUCAAUGGGAGUCUUUCGGAUCGAAUCCCGAUUUAAGGGUAACAGUUCCUAAAGAAGAUAUCAACUUAAAUUGGCUUCAGACAUUUAUGUAAAGCUUCAUGCCAUGAACAGAUGGAAACAAUGGACAAUGAAACCGGCAUUGGUGUAACUAGACUGCAGUUUCUGUCCGAUCCUUUGCCGGCA